AUGCCACAAAACGAGUAUGUGGAGGAGGCAAUAAAAAAGUAUGGCAGGCCACUGGACUAUGAAGUAAAGAAGGCAAAGAGGGAGGCAAGAAUGGAGAAGAUAAUCGCCAAGAAGGUAGUCAUGCUCACUGGAAUAAAAGCUAAGCUUUUCAAGAAGAAGAUGCAAGCAGAAAAAGUACAGCUAAAGAAGAAUAUAAAGCUGAAGGAUACAAAAAAAGCACAUGCCAAGUCAGAAACUACAGCGGAGGCCCUUCCCGCAUUCCUGCUCGAUAGAGAAAAUGAUCAUGCCAAGAAGCUUAGCUCGAAAAUAAAACAGAAGAGGCAGGAGAAGGCAGCUAAGUACACUGUUCCAAUAGCUAAAGUUGAGGGAUUGAGUGAGGCCGAGGUGUUUGGUGUGGUGGCAUCAGGAAAAAGAAAGAACAAGCACUGGAAGAGAAUAGUAAACAGGCCCUGCUUCGUGGGGAAUGAUUUUACAAGAAAGGCACCCAAGUUUGAAAAAUUUAUUAGGCCCAUGAGCAUGAGAUUUGCCACAGCGCAUGUGUCUCAUCCUGAACUUAAGACAACAUUUAGACUGUCUAUUUUAUCAGUGAAGAGGAACCCGCAUUCUGAAGUGUUUACUGGCCUGGGCGUGCUUAGCAAAGGCACGAUUAUUGAAGUCAAUGUCAGCGAGCUUGGAAUUGUUGAUGGCAGUGGGCAAGUUGUAUGGGGAAAGUAUGCGCAAGUAACGAACAAUCCUGAAAAUGAUGGAUGUGUAAAUGCAAUACUAUUGGUCUAG